AUGCAACCUCUUGGUAAAGCCUUAAAGACAGCGCAUGUACAAGGGCGACCUUGGCAGCAAGAACUAAGUCGAUUCCUGUUACAAUACCGAACAGCACCACACACAUCGACAGGAGUAGCACCAUCAGAACUACUCUUUAAUCGAACAGUCAAGGGUAAAUUACCAGUUUUAAAGAAACGAAACGUAGUAAACAAACACAAGCAAGCUCGGGCAAACGAGAGCAAGAAACAGCAAUACAACAAAGAAUACGCAGACCACAGACGAAAUGUGAAGACGAGUGACAUUCGUAUAGGUGAUUGUGUACUAGUCAGACAAGAACGACAGAACAAGUUAACAUCGAGAUUCAAUACUACGCCAUAUACAGUUACAACCAGAAACAAGUCGAAAGUCACUGCACGAAGCAGAAGCGGACACACGAUCACAAGGAACGUAUCGCAUUUCAAACGUAUCCCUAAACAGUAUGAAUCGGAUACCGAUGAUGAAAGAACAACGGUCAACAAUGAUCAAGGGCAAAAUGAAACUUGA